AUGACCGCCCUCGGCCUCACCAAGAAACCCUCCCCCGUCGAGAACCCCGACUACUGGUUCGGCCGCCCCACGGGCUCGCACCCCUCCGUCGUCCGCGGCGCAGGCGCAGGCGACCCAUACGCGCUCGCGCCCGCGGAGCGCUCCGUGGGCGUGCGCAACCCGGGCGAGCUCGUCCCCAACUACGGGCGCCUCACGCAGAUCGACAAGGACCACGCCGCAUACGUGUCGCGCCUGCAGCCGGGGACGAUCACGCAGCUGCCGGACGGGUCGUAUCUGCAUCGCGGGGUGCCGAUAGACUACAAAACGUGGGCUGGGACCGAGCAGUAUGACUGGGACAAGGAGUUCCCGGACGGCUUGCCUGCGUAUAUUGGGCCGAUGCCCAUCCAGGACUUGCCUCCGGGCUAUAGGAACCCUACGGCUAUCAAAGAGCUCCUGCGUUCUCAGCGACCAGCACCAGGACCCAGACUCUUUGGCGAGCCCGGCCAGUACCCUCCAAGCAUCUUCGGGAAACCACCUGGCGUGAACCCUGACCUCUUCGGCAAGCCGUACGGUGUCCCACCCGAUAUGUUCGGCAAGCCCUACGGCGUCGAGCCUGACUUGUUCGGCAGGCCUCCGUACGAGCCCAUCACGCUGUUCGGGAAGCCCACGACCGUGCAACCGGACCUGUUUGGCAAGCCAAGCACCCUGCCUCCUCGCCUGUGCUUCGAGGACCCAGUCUAA